AUGAUGGCAUAUAUACUAAACUUAGAUGCCCAGGCAGGCAUGAAGCUCACCUAAACUCUAAACCAUCCAUCACUAUAGUCUAUAACUCUACUCUCUCUAUAUAUAGACAGACAACCCUCCUCGUUAAUUAAUUCCACUCAUCAAAUCCAUGGGUUCUCUGCAAGAAACACGGCUGCCCCAGUUUGAGUUCUUGACCAAGAAGUCUUACACCCCACCUUCAUGGGCAGCACAUCUCUCUCCCACCCCUUCUCACCUCUUCUCACUCGGACAUUUUCCCACUCCAAUUCACAAGUGGAACCUUCCUAAUCUGCCUAAGAACACCCAGGUUUAUGUCAAGCGCGAUGAUCUAUCGGGAAUGCAGCUGAGUGGGAACAAGGUGAGGAAGCUGGAGUUCUUGAUGGCGGAGGCGGUGGAGGAGGGGGCCGACUGCAUCAUAACCAUCGGCGGUGUGCAGAGCAAUCACUGCCGUGCCACUGCUGUUGCAGCCAAGUAUUUGAAUCUUGACUGCUUUCUCAUAUUGCGCACUACCACGGAUCUAGUGCAUAGAGAUCCAGGCUUGGAUGGAAACCUUUUAGUCGAACGUCUUGCCGGAGCACGUAUAGAGCUCGUCUCCGAAGAAGACUAUUAUAGACUUGGUCGUGAUGAACUCAUCAACAUAUUAAAAAGGAAGUUGUUGAGUGAAGGAAGAAAGCCUUAUGUCAUUCCUAUGGGUGGAUCAACUUCUUUGGCAACUUGGGGUUAUAUUGAAGCAGUUAGAGAGAUCCAACAACAGCUUAAGCAAGGGAAUGUUGUUGGGGCAACAUUUGAUGAUAUUGUUGUAGCAUGUGGAAGUGGAUGCACGGGUGCUGGUCUAGCGCUUGGCUCCCGACUCAGCCAUUUAGGAGCCCAAGUGCACGCAUACUCGUCUUGGGGCACCCCUGAUUACUUCUACGACUAUGCUCAAGGCUUGCUCGAUGGACUCCAAGCCGGCCUCAAAGCUAGAGACAUACUCAACAUAAAAGACGCCAAAGGCCUCGGAUAUGCUAUAAAUACAAGAGAGGAGCUAAUUUUUUUGAAAGAGAUUGCUGAAGAAACUGGCAUUAUUCUUGAUCCUGUCUACAGCGGAAAGGCUGCUUUCCAGAUGAUGAGAGACAUGGCUGAUGAUCCUGCCAAAUGGGAAGGGAGGAAAGUCCUCUUCGUACACACUGGUGGUCUGCUCAGCUUGUACGACAACACGGAUGCAGUCGCCCCAUUGGUUGGGAACUGGCGGAAAAUGGAUAUUUGCGGGUAGUAGUUGCGGGUUUCUCGUUGUUUUUGGAAGAACAAGGGGGGAUGGGAGAUUUCUUGCAUUUGCAGUGACAAACUGUAUUGCAGUAGUUGGCUGGUUUAUUAGUUUGAGUUUCAAUGGUGUUUGAGAUCUAAGAGUUUGUGAAAUUAUUUACAGUGAUUUAAGAUUAGUUUAUAAUGUACCACUUUCUAACUUA